UGUCCAAUAGCAUGGACGUACACUCACCUGCGAAGGCAGAGUCUCCAUCUAAGCACGAUCCUCGAGCGGCAAAUAGAGAUAGGUUUGAGCUGGAACUUGAAUUCGUGCAGUCGCUUGCGAACCCAUAUUAUCUUCAUUCUCUGGCGCAACAGAACAUUCUCGAUCAACCGGCCUUCGUAAACUAUCUAAGUUACCUUCAGUACUGGAGACACAAGGACUAUGCAAGGUUCAUCCACUAUCCCCACGCUCUGCACCACCUGGAACUCUUGCAACAAGCGACCUUCAGAGCUGAAAUCAAGAAAGAUGAAUGGAGAGAGUACCUGAACCAAAAACAAUUCGAUCAUUGGCGAACUUGGUUUGCAUUCGGUUCUGCUUUUCACGCAGAGAUCUUCACUCACGGUUUCCAGGCGCAACCCAUCGAAGCCAACCACGGCGGUCGACAACAAUAUCAACGCCGCUGA